AUGAGUUAAGCUGAUUUAUUAGAUUGCUCUCUAGCAAAUAUAUAAAGAGCAAUUAACGUAUGUUAGUUUGUAGUUGAGCAUUGCCAUGAUGAAGAAUUAAUAUAAUUUACUCAUUUCUACUAUUGUACAUUAAAUUAAAAUGUUCCCUCUUUAAUAAUCCUAACUAUAGUUAUUUCUUUGGUUGCCUUUCACCUUCUUUCAUCAACAGCAGAAUCAUAUUUAUCUCCCGCUUUAGCCAAAAUAUCUGAUUCUCUAAAAUGUUCAUAAACAUUAGCUGGUGUAACUCUGCUUGCUCUAGGAAACGGUGCCCCAGAUGUAUUCACAGCUAUAAUAGCAGGUGGUGGUAAUGACGAUGAAGGUAUAAAUUUAGCGAUUGGUAGCAUAUUUGGAGCUGGGCUCUUCGUUACUACUGUCACAUUAGCAAAAGUGAUUAAAAAUUCUGAUGAAUUAAAAGCUGAUAAGAAUAUAUUUAUUAGGGAUGUUGGUUUUUACUGCUUUGCAGCAUUUCUCAUAUUAAUUUAUUUGUUAAUAGGAAAAGUAAAUUUUCCAAUGGCAGUAGCUUUCUUCUCUCUUUACUUUGUAUUUAUAAUUGUUGUGAUUUACUAAGAGUGGGAUGCUAAAAGAAAGAGAAAAAAUGGAAUAAAUGCUUAGCUAAUUAGUGAUGAAAAUGAAUUGUAAAAUCGACAUAUGAGUUUUGUAAGUGGAUAAGAUACUGAUGAUUAUAUAUCUGAUGCAGAGAACAAUGAUUUUGAUAAAAGCUAUAAAGCUUCAGAGAAUUUGAAAGACUUUUUGAAGACUGGAUAUCUCAAAUACGAAUCUCCAGAAGAUUAAAGAGGUCUUUUAGAUGAUUAUUUAGAAGAAUUUGAAAAUGCCAGUAGUUCUUUAGAAGCAGAAAGAUAAAAAAAGCAGCAUUAUUCUUCAAAUUUAGUUGAUUUCAGCAUAAAAAAUACAAUUUAAAAGACUAAGCAACAUUCAAUUUAGUUUAGAAUAAGCCACAAUUUCCUUAAAAUGAAAUCAAGAAUAAAAAGUAGAAUGUUGAACUUUGAUUUGUAAUGGCAUUACAUGAAGUGGUGGUAGAAAUUUAUAUUUUUGUACGAAUUUCCGAUAAAUAUAGUUAGAGAUUUAACAAUCCCUCCUUCUGAAGAGGAUUAGUGGAAUAAAUGGCAAGGAAUGAUACUAUGCUACACAGCUCCUUUAUUCUUACUUGCUUACACGGAAAAUCUUGAAGCAGAAGUAUUUAACUUACACAUCUUGUUUAUUGUUUUACCAAUUAGCACUAUUUUGUGUCUGGCAGUCUGGAAAUUUAGUCAUGUUUCUAAGCCUCCCUCAUUUUUAUGGAUUUUUUCUAUUUUUGGAUUUAUUAACUCUAUUGUAUGGAUUUCAUUUUCAGCUUAGCUUUUGGUUGAUUUCUUACAAUUGCUAUAAUUAGUUACAAAUGUUAACAAGGCAUAUUUAGGUUUGACAUUUUUAGCAUUUGGUAAUUCUGCAGGAGAUUUUUUUACUAAUCCUUAAUUGGCUAAAAUGGGAUAUGGAAUUAUGGCUAUGACUGGUUGUUUUGCUGGUUAACUUUUUAACACAUUACUUGGUUUUGGAAUUGCUUUGAUAUUAAAAACAAAAAAUUAAGUAAUCGAGUUUUCUUUGUUCACAGAGUAAACAAUGUCUCAAUAAUUAGACAAUAUAAUUGUAGCCACUGUUUUACUGUUUAGUUUUGCAAAUUUAACUUUAAUUCUUAUUCUUGCUAAAAAAUCGAACUAUAUUUUAGGAAAGGCUUUCUCAAAUUAUUUAAAUAUAAUGUACGCAAUUUUCUUUUUUACUGCUACAUUUUUUAUGAUACUAAGUAUUUUAGUUAGAUGA